AUGGAAGAAGUGUGUCAUCUCGGGCUUACGUUUCGAGAUGUUUGUCUAACUUUCAACCCAGUCAGGACGGCCAAAUGGGUAAACAUUACGCGCCUGAGUUAUGGGAUUCCCAAUGAAGCGAUUGCUGAUGCUUUGAACCCAUACGGCAAAGUCAUUCAGAUUAAAAUGGACUCCUUUCAUGGAGUUUAUGUUGGGGUCCGUCAGGUUUUAAUGGAACUGUCUAAACCCAUUCCUUCGCGGUUUACUAUUGCAGCUCAUUCCUGUAAUUGUUUUUAUGUUGGUCAGGUUCAAACGUGCUUCUCGUGUCACCAGACAGGUCAUAUGACUAAAGAUUGCACUAAUCACGCGCGUACUACAGGCAAUAUCAUCAAUGCAGAUGGUACGGGUAAUUCGGUUAGGCAUACCAUUGAUGAGAGCCACACGCAUUUUCCGCAAUUAACAGAUGGUCGUCAUCCGUCCAUUACAGCAGUAAUGCCGAUAACCAUAGUCUGGGCUUGCAUGCUAAUGCAAGGUAAUCAGCAGUUGAACAAUUCAGUCACUCACUCUGAUGUUCCUAAUGCAGCUGUUACAGGUGAUAAAAAUGUUCGUAACAUCAAUAAAGGUGGGGUCACAGCUACGUUACUCCCGUCCUCUACAGCAGUUUCUUCUCCCGUGUGGUUCAGCCAUCUUCUCGUAAAGAUUCUGACAACUCGGAAGAUGAAGAUGAGUUUGUUGAUGUCCUAGAGGAACUACCAUUACCAGAAGGUGAAGGUGGCGAGCAGCCAGUUUCUAUAGUUCUUGGGAAACGCACUAGCGAACCUGAUGACUCGGAUGUUUCCGAUAUUUCGGAAAAGCGAGUCGAUCGAAAUCCGUCUUCGGAUGAGAGUGUAGUUGAGAAUGAUUUUGUCCCUUCUUCUCUGCCUCUCCCUCCUAGUCCUUUGGCUCGUUUUUCCUCCCCCAAUUCGUUUUCGUCUCUUAGUGACGAAGUUGAUCCCAUAUCCAUGGAGCAUGAUGCAAAUGGUGUUGCAAUUCCACUUGAAGGAACUACAUCUGUGCAGAGGAAGGUUCGUACCCGGUAAUCGCAAAGGCAUUCUAAAGUGGAUGAUUCUUCACCUCUUCCCUCCGCUCCUCCUGCGGAUGACUCUGUGUCUAUUGCUUCCGAAAUCCUUGGUACGCCCUCCAUCGAAGCUUAUGAAGGCGGAGAUGAGGAGGAUGGUGGUAAUGAUAAUAUGGAACCGUCUUUGACCAAAUAUAACGAAUACCAUAACAUACCUGAAAAUGGAUCAGAAUUUAGCGCGGCUCAGGAAAAUGAUACUCGGACUACUCCCUCAACUCAAAUUCCACCGAACCUUCCCAGGAAGGAAAAUCUUGAUUCGGAAUCUCCAUCUCCGAUUGAUCCCGUAACCUUUGCGGUUCCUGUAACGAAAAGGAUUGGCGAUCCUUCUUUUUAA